CCCGAAAGUAUCGCUGUCGAGCAACGAAGAAUCUUUUAUGCGGGCAAUUAUUUUGUUUUCUUAAUUUGGCUGCUGUGUAUAGCCGAAGCCACCAUCCUGCUCAGUGCUCACGUCAUAAACGUCGAGAACAAUUUCCACAAAAACCUUUGUUCGUUGCCUCGAGCUGUUGGGGUGCCGCGACGCGACGAGGUGUGUAUUUUUUGCGAGCUUAUUUUCAUCGCUAUAUCGCUAAACGGCGAACCAUCUUUUCAAUUUUCAUAAAAGGGGUGCUGGUUUUCGCUUUGUUGUAUCGUCGUCUUCGUUGUUGUGUACCUACCUAAAAUCAGUAAACGUGCUGAAUCACUUUGUUAGCUGUAGCUGGAGCCGUUGACAGAUGAAUGUAAUUUGGAUGGAAGUAUUCUGCGCUGGUUAUUUGUAGUUCAUUUUAAUCAAAUGAUUUUCGAUGAAUUUUAAUUUCAAAGAUGGUUCACCUACUACAUUGUUUGACGAAUAAAUGAAAAUGAAGAGCAUACUCCGUAUACGAAUUAAACUCAAUCUGGACAGAAAACUUGGUUCAUAAACAGAUACGAGAAUUUCAUAUUAGCGUUACGAUAACUUUCUACUGGUUGGCGAUUUUUCGAUAAUUCCACGUUCAAAACAUGGGAUCAGGCGAUCGUCUAUUAGACAUACCCUGUAAAGUAUGCGGAGAUCGUAGCUCUGGAAAACACUAUGGAAUUUAUAGUUGCGACGGCUGUUCUGGAUUUUUCAAACGAAGCAUUCAUCGUAAUCGCGUAUACACUUGCAAAGCUCAAGGUGAACUUAAGGGAAGAUGUCCGGUAGAUAAAACGCAUCGUAAUCAAUGUCGAGCUUGCAGGUUAAAUAAAUGUUUUCAGUCUGCUAUGAAUAAAGAUGCUGUGCAACACGAACGAGGACCCAGGAAACCGAAACUUCACCAACCUCAUCGUCAGUUACAACAGCAACAGUCGCGUUUUAUCAAAGAAACUGUCCAACCUGUUUCUAAAACACUACCAAUUUCCAUAUCAACGACCGAAGUUUCGACUGUAUCAUCAUACACGUUUCAUAAUUUCCAUCAAGUUUAUAAUACAAAUAUUGAAACAACUCGCGAAGCUCGUACACCUCCGAGUUCACCGGCAAUGCCUCAGAUCGCCAAUUCGCCUAAAUUAUCGCCCUUCCCUGCAACUCCUCCCGCAUCUCCGAGAGUUCCGUCGAGAUCUGCUUCGUCGGGAUCUUCUUCGGUACUCGAUGUUUCCACAUUUUCGCCCAAGAAAACUCCAACAAAGUGUGAAAAUGAGAAAACGUGUGCGAUGAGAUCGCUCGAAUGUUUUCCAAGCAGUAUUAAUUGUUAUCAGCAACUGUAUGGGUGUUAUUUUCACCAUCAUCAUCACCACCAUCAUCAUCAUCAUGAUUAUCAUUAUCAUCAUCACCAUCAUCACCAUCUUCAUGAUCAGUUGACCAAUGGUCAGAAUUCCGUAUCUUCUAAUAGCGAAAAUGGUUGCGAUGAUCAUUUUUGCUCCGCGAUUCGCGAAAAUGAUUAUUUACCAGAUGAUCAGAAAAUUUUACCGACAGCUGUUCAGCCGAAAGAUGGAUUUAGCGAGUUACCUGUUCAACCUUUGCACGGAUAUUGUGGGUCGCCAUUUUUCGAAUUUCUCAUCACGUCGGAGAAUUGCCAAGAAAUUUACUGGGAUGAAGAUGGUAAAUCUUCAGUGACAGGCGAAAAACUACAGAACAAAUGGUCAUUACCUUACAUCGCUGACUCAUUCACCGCGACAAUACGAAAAAUAGAAACCGACAUAAUCGUAGAUUCUAAAGAUGGUAAAAAUUCAUUCGCAGCAAUAUCCACGAAAAAUUCUAAGCCUUUAGAGAAUAAAUAUUGGCGGUCUUUUUCAUCCGUAGACGUCACUGAAAAAACGUCCGAAAAAGAUAUUUUUUCUACAUCUGCAGAAGUACUGCCUUUAGAAUCAUUAUCAUCACAGCCUCCAGUACUAGCACCGUCUUGGGAAAUUCUCAAAGAAGCAACAGCUCGUUUAUUAUAUUCCGUUGUACAAUGGGUGCGAUGUUUAGAGCCUUUUCAAACUCUUUCGCAAAGAGACCAGGUACUUCUGCUACGAGAAUCUUGGAAAGAACUGUUUCUUCUCCAUUUAGCGCAAUGGUCAUUACCUUGGGAUCUAAUGCACAUCCUGAAUAUUGAAAAACUACAAUCCACAAGCGACGAUUCCGAUCAAACUAAGCUUCUCAAAACAACUGUCAAUGAAACACUGAAUUCGAGUACAAUUAUCGAAGAAAUUCAAACCAUAAAAGAAGUAUUGACGAGAUUUCGUCAGUUGUCCCCAGACAGCAACGAGUUCGGAUGUUUGAAAGCUAUAGUUCUUUUUGCUCCAGGAACUGCUGGUUUACAAGAUGUACAACCUGUUGAAAUGCUACACGAUCAGGCUCAGUUUGUGCUGGGUUAUUACGUAAGUAACCACUAUUCCAAACAAUCAGCGACCAGAUUUGGAAAAUUACUUUUAAUGUUACCCACUUUACGAUCAAUCAAUCAGAAUUUAAUCGAGCAGCUUUUCUUCAAUGACAUAAUCGGUGCUGAGAUUCGAGUGCAAAGUUUAAUAUGGAGAAUGUACGAUUCAUCCGAACACGUUAAAGAUAUCAAUGCUGAAAAUAUAUUAUAGCCCUAGGUUAUAUGAUCAUCGAUCAUUCCUCAGAUUGAGGUCAAGUUAUCUUAUUUUUUAAAUGUUUAACAUUCAUUAUUUACGAUAAACAUUUUUGGAGAAUAAAUUUUCUUAGUUGUAAAAAAUAUAUGUACCUAAGGUUAGCUUUGUAUGUGUAGGUAGGUAUGUAGUCAAUUCACUGUACAGAUGAUUUUUUUUUAUCAUGCACUUUUGUUAUAGUAAGUACCCUCGUUUGCAAUCAAAUCA